CAGGAACUACGGUAACGUAAGGUGACAACAGCCGUACUGCGUAGCUCUGGUCAUGGAGGACAGGAAUCGCCUCCCUCCAGAUGGUGGAGGAAACCCCAAGCUCUCUGGUUCAGCUCACCAAUCAGAGCAAAAUGCAGAAGUCAGACGGGAGGUCAGGGAACAGGUUGACUUGACCUCCGCACAUGCGAAGAUCAGGAAAGAGGAGAUCUCCGAUGUUCCGCGAAAGGUGCCACGUUUUCAGUAUGUGGACUUCCCGUCUCUACAUCAGUGCAUUCAGCAGCUCUCAGUGCCUCCUCUAGAUGGCUGGUUAGCAUCAUGCCAGCUAGGAAAGGCACCAGGCCAUAGUCCUGCAAGCCCUAAGGAGAAGGUACCCAAAUUUAAGUAUGUGGAUUACCCAUCCCUUCAUCGUUGCAUCCAGCAGCUGUCUGUGCCUCCACUGGAGAGCUGGAGCUCCAGUCUGCUCAGAGCCAGGGCAGAGGGAGGCUCCACAGACUCUGCAAAACCUUCUCUGUCGGACUCUUUGAGAAUGAACCAGGGGAGCGGAACAAGAUCCCAAGGGAAGAGGGAGAGGAGUCCGAGUCCGGAACGUCCUCUUCCUUGGCAACACCCGGGAAAGUCAAACCCAGCUACCAGCAGUGGCAGCCUGCCAUCAAACUCAUCUUCUCACUGUGAAGAGAAGGAUAGAGUGUGCCAGAGUGGAACCGGAUAG